AUGUUUAUUUUAGUUUUAUUUGGUUAUAAACAAUAUAAGGUGUUCACCAUUGAUGUUCUGGGCAAUACAUUAUUAGAUUGUAUAUGGACUCAAGCCAUUAAGGAAAUCACUAAACUACUUACAACCAAAGAAGAAUCACAUCAGAAGGACUAAAAGACAGCUUAACAGAAAAUAACAUCAAAUGAGAAGAGAAUUGCAGCAAUCAAUCAGCAACUAUAGGAAGAAGGCUUACUCGAGGCACCCACUGGAAAGAAAGAUGACAAAAAAGGAGCUAAACCGCCUCCUCAGAAGAAGGGCAAAGAUGCUCCUCCAAGUAAUCCUUUGGAAGCAGAAAAAUUGGAAUUGUAAAAGGAUACUGAGAAGUAGUAAGAGUAUGUGACAAAGUACACAGAUAAAUUGAACAAGAUAAAGGUGGCAUCCGAGAAGUUCAGAGAUCUGAAUGAGAGAUAUCAUAACGAUUAAUUAGUGAUUGAAUUGUGUGAUAAAACUGGGGAACGCAAAUUUGUCAAGACCAAAUUAGAUGGAAUUGCGAAUACCUUCUUAAGUGAUAAAGGCACUUACAUUUUAGCCUAUUUGUAAGCCCCUGCCACACCUGACGAGGAAGAAUAGUUAUUGGCAUUAGAAUUUGAGGGUUAUUUGGCAAGAACGGUUGAUGAAGAUAUUGGAGCAGUUGAAGAACCAUUAUUAUAAUUACAACCAAAAAAGGACGAUAAGAAAAAGAAAGGAAAGAAAUGAUUUAUAUGCAAUUCCAUUUGAUUAUCAAUAUAAAAAUCUUUUAAAGCUAAGGCUAAGGUUUAGUUUAGAAUUUCAA